AAGUAAACGGUAUAGAUAGGUUACAUAAACAACAUUCGAUUUUCAAAGACGGCACACUUAUACACACAUGAAUAAACCGUAUUAUGACACAUUUUAAAGUGGGCUAAUUUAAUGAGAACACAUGAUUUGAAGUAUAAACUGCAACUCAUUCGUCAUGAGGUAACAUCAUCUUUUGUUCAAAAAAAGAACAUAGAAAAACAAUUUAUCGUAAGUGCUUUCUUUAACGACGCCAUUUGUCAAAGGAAUUUCCUAAUACUCGGGUUUUUCUUUAAAGGAAAAAAACAUGGCGUUAUUUUGACAAAAUUGUUUUUUAAAUGUAAAACAAUUGAAAGGUUUAAUUACUGAAUUGAUCGGCAAACGAGCAGACGGAUUACCUGAUGGUAAGCAAUCAGCGUUGCCCAUGGACACCCGCAACGGAGGAGUUACGAGUGUGUUGCCGACCUUUUAGGGAUUAACACUACGGAAGUUCAUUGGUCAUUUAAUUUUAUCCAAAAGUUUUAAGAAUUGAAUUUGAAAAUGUGGGAGAGCCAUGCUUCGGCAGGAAUGGGUCGGCUUGACCGGAGUGAUACCACGGCCUCACAGAAGACCGGCGUGAAACAACCACAGCGUUGUGUUUCGCCAUGUGAGUGAGGUUACUAGAGGCCCAAUCCUUCCCUUUCCCAAAAUCUCCAAUCCCUAAAUCUCCAAAUCCCUAAUCCCCAAAAGAUUGGCAACGCACUCGUAUAACUUCUUUGUUGCGGGUG